AUGGACUCCCUCUCUCUCUUCUGCACUGGAGCUCUUCUCGCCGGCGGCCUAUAUUGGUUCGUCUGUGUCCUCGGCCCCGCCGAACGUAAAGGCAAACGCGCCUCCGAUCUAUCCGGUGGUUCUAUCUCCGCCGAAAAAGUCCAAGACAGUUACAAACAAUACUGGUCUUUCUUCCGCCGUCCCAAAGAGAUCGAAACCGCAGAGAAAGUCCCAGAUUUCGUUGAUACCUUUUACAAUUUAGUUACAGAUAUUUACGAAUGGGGCUGGGGACAAUCCUUCCAUUUCUCACCUUCCAUCCGUGGUAAAUCCCACCGUGAAGCCACGCGCCUCCACGAAGAAAUGGCUGUGGAUCUCAUCGAGGCGAAAUCCGGAGACAAAAUCCUCGACGUUGGAUGCGGUGUUGGUGGACCCAUGAGAGCCAUCGCGUCUCACUCACGCGCUAACGUCGUUGGAAUCACGAUCAACGAGUAUCAGGUAAAAAGAGCGAAGAUACACAACAAGAAAGCCGGACUCGACUCUCUCUGCGACGUCGUUUGUGGAAACUUCCUCGAGAUGCCGUUUCCUGAUAACAGUUUCGACGGCGCUUACUCAAUCGAAGCGACGUGCCACGCGCCGAAGCUUAACGAAGUUUACGCUGAAAUUUUUAGGGUUUUGAAACCGGGUGCUCUUUACGUUUCAUAUGAAUGGGUCACAACGGAGAAAUUUGUGUCAGAAAAUUCCGAACAUGUUGAGAUUAUUCAAGGGAUUGAAAGAGGUGAUGCUUUGCCUGGGCUUAGAAGCUACGCUGAUAUAGCUGAAACGGCUAAGAAUGUUGGGUUUGAGGUUAUUAAGGAACGGGAUCUGGCUCAGCCACCGGCUGGGCCGUGGUGGAGCCGUUUGAAAAUGGGCCGGCUUGCUUAUUGGCGUAACCAUGUUGUGGUAACUGUUCUGUCUGCAUUGGGAAUAGCGCCUAAAGGGACCGUUGAUGUUCAUGAGAUGCUGUUCAAGACUGCUGACUUUUUGACCAGAGGGGGUGAUACUGGAAUUUUCUCUCCUAUGCACAUGAUUCUCUGCAGAAAACCUAAAGAACAAGAGAAAUAA